AUGGCUACGCCAUACAAGAUGCCGACACGGCAAUUGAACUGGACCCAAACAAUUCGACAUGACGGCUUACCACAGCACCAGGCAUACUACCGCCGCGCCUCAGCCAACACCGCCAUCCUCAAGCACCGCGAAGCACUCCGCGACUGGAAGCUCGUCGUCAAGAAAGCCCCUAACGAUGCGAACGCGAAACUGCGCAUGGCCGAGUGCGACAAGGUCGUCAAGCGAGACGCCUUCCUCAAGGCCAUCGAAGUUGAAGACGCGCCAUCGGCAGCGGAGGGACUAGAUCUCGAACACAUGGCUGUCGACCCCUCAUACGAUGGCGCGAAGCUGGGAGACAAGAUGACGUUGGAGUUCGUCGAAGACAUGAUUGAGAGGUUCAAGAACGGGAAGAAGCUGGCCAAGAAGUAUGUCUACCAGAUCAUCAUCGCCGUAAUGGACAUUGUCAAGAAAGAGCCCACUAUGGUCGAGCAUGAUGUUGCGGAUGGUCAGGAGAUUACAGUCUGUGGAGAUACCCACGGCCAAUUCUUCGACCUCAUGGAGAUCUUCCGCCUCGCUGGCAAACCCUCCGAAAAGCACGCAUUCCUCUUCAACGGCGACUUUGUUGACCGAGGUUCAUGGUCUACCGAAAUCGCCCUUCUACUAUACGCUUACAAAUGGCUAUACCCCAAUACCUUCUUCCUGAAUCGCGGCAAUCACGAGACGGACGAUAUGAACAGGAUGUACGGUUUCGAGGGUGAAUGUAGGGCCAAGUACACUGAGCGCGUGUUCAAAUUGUUCUCCGAGUCCUUCUCCGCGCUUCCUUUGGCAACCCUCAUUGGCAAGAAGUACUUUGUGCUUCACGGUGGUCUGUUCUCAGAUGACAAGAUCACACUAGACGACGUAAGAAAGCUUGACCGAUUCAAGCAGCGUCAACCGGGACAGUCUGGACUUAUGAUGGAGAUGCUGUGGACCGAUCCCCAAACGAAUCCAGGCCGUGGACCCAGCAAGCGCGGUGUUGGUCUGCAGUUCGGCCCCGACAUCACGAAGCGAUUCUGUGAGAACAACGGCCUUGAAGCCAUCAUCCGGUCACACGAAGUACGCAUGGAAGGUUACGAGGUCGAACACGAUGGACGCUGCAUCACAGUCUUCUCAGCGCCCAACUACUGCGACAGCACUCACAACAAGGGUGCUUUCAUCAAGAUUGGCCCCGAGUAUAAGCUCAAGUUCACUCAGUUCGAUGCUGUUGCGCAUCCGAACAUUAAGCCAAUGGCAUAUGCAUCAAGUGGCAUGGCCGGCAUGAUCUAA